AACUUAGGCUGUUACACAAUUGCUGGGGUCUGCUCUCGCUGCCAGCCCAGCAGUCUGAGCAUCGCCACCGCAGCAGCCUCAGCGUUCCUGGAGGCUCAGACCCUCCGCCCCCGCCCCCGCUUACCCGUGCCUCCAGGAGCCUCUGAGAGCCCCCCUUCUGCCCGCACAGGCCGGUCCUGACUGCCUGCGUCUCCUCGGCGCCCUUUGCUGCCCGCAGCGCUCGCCGAUCCGGCUGAAAUGAGUGGGGACCAUUUGCACAAUGAUUCCCAGAUCGAAGCGGAUUUCCGAUUGAAUGAUUCUCAUAAACACAAAGAUCAGGAACACCGGCACAAAGAGCACAAGAAGGACAAGGAGAAGGACCGAGAAAAGUCCAUGCAUAGCAACAGUGAACAUAAAGAUUCUGAAAAGAAACACAAAGAGAAGGAAAAAACCAAGCACAAAGAUGGAAGUUCAGAAAAACAUAAAGACAAACAUAAAGACAGAGACAAGGAAAAACUAAAGGAGGAAAAGGUUAGAGCUUCUGGGGAUGCAAAAGUAAAGAAGGAGAAGGAAAAUGGCUUCUCGAGUCCACCAUGAAUUAAAGAUGAACCUGAAGAUGAUGGCUAUUUUGCUCCUAAAGAAGAUAUUAAGCCGUUGAAGAGACCUUGAGAUGAGGAUGAUGCUGAUUUUAAACCUAAGAAAAUUAAAAGAGAAGAUAUCAAGAAAGAGAAGAAAUGAAAACUAGAGGAAGAAGAGGACAGUAAAUUGAAAAAGCCCAAGAAUAAAGAUAAAGAUAAAAAAGUUCCUGAGCCAGAUAGCAAGAAAAAGAAGGCAAAGAAAGAAGAGGAGCAGAAGUGGAAAUGGUGGGAAGAAGAGCGUUAUCCUGAGGGCAUCAAGUGGAAAUUCCUAGAACAUAAAGGUCCUGUAUUUGCUCCACCAUAUGAGCCUCUUCCAGAGAGUGUCAGGUUUUACUAUGAUGGUAAAGUCAUGAAGCUGAGCCCCAAAGUAGAAGAAGUAGCUAUGUUCUUUGCAAAAAUGCUCGACCAUGAAUAUACUACUAAGGAAAUAUUUAGGAAAAAUUUCUUUAAAGACUGGAGAAAGGAAAUGACUAAUGAAGAGAAUAUUAUCACCAACCUAAGCAAAUGUGAUUUUACGCAGAUGAGCCAGUAUUUCAAAGCCCAGUCAGAAGCUCAGAAACAGAUGAGCAAGGAAGAGAAACUGAAAAUCAAAGAGGAGAAUGAAAAAAUACUGAAAGAAUAUGGUUUCUGUAUUAUGGAUAACCACAGAGAGAGAAUUGCCAACUUCAAGAUAGAACCACCUGGACUUUUCUGUGGCCGUGGCAACCACCCCAAGAUGGGCAUGCUGAAGAGACGGACCAUGCCUGAGGACAUAAUCAUCAACUGUAGCAAAGAUGCCAAGGUUCCUUCUCCUCCUCCAGGUCAUAAAUGGAAAGAAGUCCGACAUGAUAAUAAGGUUACUUGGCUGGUCUCCUGGACAGAGAACAUCCAGGGUUCCAUUAAAUACAUCAUGUUGAACCCCAGUUCAAGAAUUAAGGGUGAGAAAGACUGGCAGAAAUACAAGACCGCUCAGAGGCUGAAGAAGUGUGUGGACAAGAUCCGGAACCAGCAUCGAGAAGACUUGAAGUCCAAAGAGAUGAAAGUCAGGCAGAGAGCUGUUGCCCUGUACUUCAUCGACAAGCUUGCUCUGAGAGCAGGCAAUGAGAAAGAGGAAGGAGAAACAGCGGACACUGUGGGUUGCUGCUCGCUGCGCGUGGAGCAUAUCAAUCUGCACCCGGAGUUGGAUGGUCAGGAAUAUGUGGUCGAGUUUGACUUCCUUGGGAAGGAUUCAAUCAGAUACUAUAACAAAGUCCCUGUUGAGAAACGAGUUUUUAAGAACUUACAACUAUUUAUGGAGAACAAACAGCCUGAGGAUGAUCUUUUUGAUAGACUCAAUACUGCUAUUUUAAAUAAGCAUCUUCAGGAUCUCAUGGAGGGCUUGACUGCUAAGGUGUUCCGUACCUACAAUGCCUCCAUGACGCUACAGCAGGAGCUAAAAGAACUCACAGCCCCGGAUGAGAACAUCCCAGCAAAGAUCCUAUCUUAUAACCGUGCCAACCGAGCUGUUGCAAUUCUUUGUAACCAUCAGAGGGCACCACCAAAAACUUUUGAGAAGUCCAUGAUGAACUUGCAAUCUAAGGUAUUUUGAAUCUGGAUGGUGGAG